AUGCCCGCAUUGGAAGUCCCAAAGAGGGGCAAGGGGCGCCCCCGAAAAGAUAUUGAUCCAUCCGUAAAGGCUCAAAGAGAAAAGAACAGAAAGGCUCAAAGUAUAUUCAGAGCUCGAAAACGGGCCACUGAGGCUGCAAAUGAGCUACGCAUAUCCCAGCUUGAGAACACAGUUGAGCGGAUGGGCGAUACUUUCCUCGAGCUUGUGAACCAUGUUAUCCAGGCGAACCAGAAACGCAGAGACUCUGAGUUGACAGGGAGGCUCCAAGAGUCCAUCCACACGUUUCUCGUCUUAGCUUCAGCUUCUUCGGAUCAAAAGUGGGACUCUCCAAACACCGGAAGUCAAGGUGACAUCCGCCAACCAACUCCGCAUGAGGUUGAGAUCCCAGUCACUGAGGAGGUAGCUGCGCCAGUAGCAGUUAUGACAGACGCAAGCUCAUCCCAGCAAGUAUCAGAUCUGCCAUACUGGAACUCACCGAACUCUGGAAACCUCUGGAGUCUUCUUGAUCAAUUCGGCUCACCCCCAUCCUUGCUUCCCCAACUUACAGGGCCUCCCACCAACGUGCUAGGAAACGGUUGGACAAGGGAUCUACCAUUUUCAUACACGGCUACUCUCGGCGAGGCUGUUGGACACCCCACCGCUCAGUCCAUGAGCACCCUCCUUAUUCAAUCCACCCUAUACUAUGUUUACUACAUCCUACUGGAGGCAACCGACGUGACGUUCUCAGACGUGGCCAAGGAUAUAUUUCGCUACGCGCUCAAAUUACACUCGAGAGAUGAAAUAUUAUUUAACAUUCGGUGGUUUUUGGGCCCAGGGCAGCGAGAAGCCUAUAGACUGGGCAUCACAAGGUUUCAAAUUCUCGAUGCUCAAGACCACGAACAUUUCCCAACAUUGAGUCCCGCUGUGGAUUCCGAUGCGCUGGGAGACAUUCACGCAUCAAAAUUGCAGACUUCCAGUCUACGCCAUACACUACUCAAUGCAAGCGGCGUCGAGUCUUAUUUGCUACAGCACGGAGUUCGGAGGAUAACGGGAGAUAUUCUAGAAAUCGACCUAGGACAGCGAGAGAAUUAUAGCGAAGCACAGUCGCGAACGACUCUCCCGUUCAAUCCCAAUUUGAUCAAUGCGGACGUGUUUUUCCCCGCCGUGUCGCAGGGAGGGGGCAGAGCGGCAACAAUUCCAGCCCAACAAGUCUCUACGCCACGAAUUGUGAGAUUCUCGGAAUCAAGUUUUAUGCGGUUUCUAGCUACGCAGGCGUCACAUUGUUUAGCCUAUGGGCCUGCGUAUCGAAAAGACCGUUUGCCUGAUUUGAUAGAAGCUGCUUCUGUCACAAGCAGAUAG